AUGGCUCUAAUUUGCGUGCUUCUCUUCGCAACUCUCUGUGCACAUGUCACGGUGGAUCGAGUGACCGGCAAUCCAUUGUCAGCCUUCGUAACCAUCGCAAAUUCUGGACCGACCCAUCCGAUGGAUAACCCGAACUGGGUACCACCUACGGGACCCACCAGAGAAAAGGAUCCUGAAUACUGGCAAACGACUGGACAAGCCCGGCUACGUCGUCAACUGGAGCACAGCAAGCAAAAUCUCAACGUGGCCAAAAACGUAAUCAUUUUCCUGGGAGACGGCCUGUCAAUACCGACACUCGCUGCCACACGCAUGUACAUGGGCGGCGAGGAACUGGAGCUUUCCUUCGAAACGUUUCCCCACACGGGACUCGCGAAGACGUACUGCAUUAACUAUCAGGUGUCGGAUUCGUCCUGUACGGCGGCCGCCAUCCUGACCGGAGUGAAGAACAAUUAUGGUACCAUCGGGGUCAGUGGUCAUGUGCCACUAAGGAACUGUCCGCUCAGCUUGCAGCAGUCGAACCGUUUGACAUCGAUACUGAAGCACGCCCAGGAGGAUGGUCGCUCGACGGGUAUCGUCACCAAUACACGCAUAACCCACGCAACGCCCGCCGUUGCGUAUGCCGUCUCCGGGGCACGCUACUGGGAAGAUGAUACGGAAUUACCACCGGGCUGCGUCGACAUUGCCACGCAGCUGAUUCAUGGCGACAUCGGGACGAACCUUACCGUUGCUCUUGGCGGUGGUUCAAGACACUUCUAUCCGACUGGUACGCUCGAUAGGAAUGGCGCACCGGGAAGCCGCACUGACGGUCGCAAUCUUGUGAACGAGUGGAUUGAUCGGACGGCAGCUCGAGAACAACGGGGCCAGUUCGUACAUGACCGGGCAGGGCUGCUUGCUGUUCAGCCCGAGCUGGUGGAUCGAUUGUUUGGUUUGUUCAGCGGAAACCACAUGUCUUACAGGCUACUGGCGGACCAGCAGCGUGAACCUUCGCUGGAAGAAAUGACAAUCAAGGCGUUAGAAAUACUCCAACGCAACGAUCGUGGCUAUCUGUUGCUGGUAGAAGGUGGACGAAUUGAUCACGCACAUCAUGAUAAUUUGGCUAAGCUAGCGUUGGAUGAGACAGUGGAACUACAUCGGGCCGUCGAGCGUACCGUUCAACAUCUGGGCGAAAACGGUUUUGCGGAAACGUUGGUGCUAGCAACGGCGGACCACUCGCAUACACUCACGAUCGGAGGAUAUCCGGUGCGAGGAAACGAUAUCCUCUCGACCGGAGAUUUUUCGCGCUUUGACCAGAUGCCGUUCUUCACACUGACCUACGCGAACGGGCCAAGCUAUGCGGAUCACUUCUACGAAACCGGAGGCCGUCGGAAUCCCGACGACAUGCGGGACCGCUAUCACGAUCCUAACUUCACAUAUCCGGCCGCCGUACCGUACGAGGAUGAGACGCACGGUGGCGACGAUGUGGCCGUGUUUGCCAGAGGACCUUGGGCACACAUUUUCAGCGGCCUGUAUGAGCAGCACGUCAUCGGGCACGGACUUCUGUACGCCGCCUGUCUUGGUCCAGAUACGUUCCAGCAAUCAGACGCCUGUCGCGAACGCUUACGCGGUGGAACGGCUGAACCACGGCGAGCUUUGACUCAUUCGCUGGGAAUGCUAAUGCUGAUCUUAUAUCUACGAACAAAAAUAUUUUGCACUUUGUAG